AUGCCUUCGACCACCGCUGUUUUGACGGUACCAGUGGAGCUCCCUCCUCCCUCGGGGCCGCGAUCUUUGAUCUCAACACUGGUUUACGAUGUAACCAAAUCCGAAGAUGAGCGCCGACAGACUCUAAAUGAACUACUCAUCAAAGGCCAUGAUAGCAUGGCACCGCUUCGGGAACCGAGGUUGAUUCUUCAUAGCCAUCUUCCGCAUCUCCUUGGAUCUGGCUAUAUUCUGGGCGCCAGCAGCAAUUAUACCGUUGCGUAUGUCGACUUUUUCGACAAUCAAGUCAAGAUAAAUAACGGAGACUGGAAAGCUGUGUUGCAGCAGUAUCUCUUUUCUGGGGCAGAACCGCUUAUCAACGGUCUGGUCGGAGGCCUCGGCCAUCCAUUUAUUCAUCUCGCCUAUGUAUGGGAGCUACAGAGCCCGACAGUAGCCACUGAAGGUUUGAGCUUAGGAUGUACUGAAUACAUUCCUCUCCAUGGAAUUCUCGACCGUGCUCCUCCCGACAACUCCUCAUAUAAGUCGAGUAGCCUUGCAGAAGUCCUCAGCCGUGUCCAAGCCGAUAAGCGCCUUGCCAGUUUGUUUACUAAGCCCGGUAUCACAAACAUUAAUAUUCUACUGGAAAAACGCUAUAGCGUCCUAUUGGAACACUGGAAUGCAUGGGAAGUGACUGAUCCCUUGCAGCAGCUAGAGCAAUGCUGCGAUCUAUCGUUACUUUUGGGGAUUGGGACAGGCAACGGAGCUGGGCAAUAUGAUUUCUACCUGAUUCACACCAUGACUGUUGCGCAAGCUAUUCGGCAAUAUGCUCUUUUCCUUCUCCUGAUCUAUAUUUGCCAGAUGAAGCCGGAAUUCCCUACCAAAAUCAUUCAGCGCAUUGAUUCAAUUGACCUAGGUGGUCAUGACUGGUCUUGGGUAAUGGCGCAAGCGUUGGAACAUCGUUGGGCAAAGGAUUCCCAUUUCUUCAAGGUCGUGCGCGCUCCAAAGGCAUUCGAAGACGCUUUUGGAAGAAAGAGUGAUCAUUAUUUGAAGGCUUCGGUGAAAUUUAUUUCUGAAUUUAAUGGAUGGAAUGGGUUUGGAGAAGGCGUUGCAGGCUAUCUCCCCGAUCGGGAUGGUUUUCAUCCCGACAAGGAAUAA